AUGUAUGAAUGUAAGGAUUUUGAGACGGAGAAAGCAGGCCCUCAUUGCUUGCGUAGGCCAGAUUACACCACAGCCAAGUACGAAAUGUCCAGCAAAUUGAAAGCUUGGCAAAUUGAGACUGUCAAACAACUUGAUGUUGACCAACUUUACUACGAACUGCUGUACUGGGCCAAAAGAAGUGGAGUAAUGGCCGAACCAGAUCGUAAGAAAUUGAAAGGUGAAGGUUGCGUCAACGACAGCAUGGUCGAAAUAAUAAAAACGAACCUUAGUAAUUAUGCUUCAAACCUUCUUCAUCAAUUUGAAAGGUCUUCACAUCACGAUUCGGCAAAUUUUGAGAGUUUUCACAAAUUCGAUUUGUUAUAUCAACGAACAUAUGCCAAAUUUGCUCCUCUUUUCCGCUUGGCGGAAGAAGCAGAGCGGCAGACAGUAUAUGCUGACGAAAGUCUAUCGAAUUCGACACAGAGCGCUAAAUUCGCUUUUCUGAAACUCUUCUUCCAUCGAAAAGGCCUCUAUUUAUCUAGCAUGUUAGAAUAUUGCUGGGAUCGAGCAAGAGCUCAUAGUGGUUUUUUAGACGAGGCGCGAGUCUUAACGAGAAGAGUUCAGGAAGUUCAAGCUCUUUUUCCGCACCCCCAAGGCUUGUCUGUUGAGGCCAUUUACGCUAAAAGUUUGAAUAGGUAUGUCGAGGCAUUGACCAUUCCUAUAAUAGGAUACUUAACAAAGUUGAGCGAGAUUAUAACUGUAGAGCUCAGAAUUUUGGAAUAUUUAUCUUUGGAGGUACGGGAGAAUGCUAGAAUUGCUAUCUUGGAAAGAACGCUAAUGGGGAAGGAAGUGAUGAGACAGCUAGUAGAGUUUAUGGCCGCUGACUAUUGUGCUUGUCGAUCUGAUAUAAAGGGUGAGUUGGAACAACUCUAUCAAAUUUCCCAAGCUGCAAACUAUGGAGAUGUUUUCAUGACGGCUUUAAUAGAUGCUAUGUACAGCGUGUUGGAAAAUGCCUUUUCUCAAAAGAGUGAACUGGUUGCUCUUCCAAGUCUACUCAAACAUCAUGAAGAUAUCCUGGAUCACCUUUUCUUAGAUGCCUCAUUCAAGCAUAAAUUUGAGCAUAAACGGAAAACACUUCUCGAUUCAGAAUCGAGAGUAGGUCGUAUUUCAUCAAAACUUGCGAAAUGUAUAGACAAGUUUCAAAGAAACUGUAGGAAACCUGACGCAGGUGUGUCGAUUACUAAAAUGGCGCAGUCUAUUGUACGGACUGUUGUUUUUUACAAAAUGCAUAACGAUUUCAUACCAGCCUUCAUCAAACUAAGCCUGCUACGCUCAGCAAUAAGGCAGGGCCAUCAAUUCCUGUACCGGCUUUUUGAGCACAAGCGAUUCGGCCUCGAAAGAGAGUUAUGCGAUUUACUUAUUCUCCAGAAUCUCCCAGAUUCACGCCGUUUGCAGGAAAUCAUGGACUCGCUCCAUACCUCUUUUGUAAUGCAAGAUGGCAAUAAAAACAUUUCCUUCAACAUUGAGCCUAUUAUCCUUAGUGAGAAAGAAGCUAAGCUGCUGUACAAACCUAAGGCUGAAGAGUCUGCGCUACUUCCGAAAGAAUUGCAGAAGCUCUGGGAUUCACAGUCGAAGCACUUCGAAAGUUUAGAAAGCAGUGCUAAGGUCGGGAAGAAGCUCACAUUGAUGCCUAUGCUUAAUACUAUUCAAAUGUCAACACCUAUGCUCCUUUCUGGCAGAAGAUCUUUGAUGCUGGAAAUGAACUUGCUGCAGGCGGCAGUUUUAGAAGCAUUCAAUUACAAGGACACUCUUUCGUUUACGGAAUUGAGGACUAAUCUAGAGACUACAGAUGAUCAGUUGCUCAGAGUUACUUUAAAUUCAUUUAUUAGAGUUGAUCUCUUGACAAAUUGUCAAGAUGUCUUUAGUGUCAACUACAGUUUUCAACCGAGAAAAAACCAAUUGCAGGGCAAUUGCAUGAGAAUUAAUUUCAAUGGACGCACCGAUUUAUGA